CACACCAUGUCGAUAGUUCGUUCUUCAGUCCAUGCCAAGUGGGUGGUGGGAAAGGUGAUUGGAACAGCCAUGCAGAAGAUGGCCAAAGUCAGAGCCACCAGGCUUGUUCUAAAUCCCUAUCUGUUGAAGUAUUAUAAUAAGCGGAAGACCUACUUUGCUCAUGACGCCCUCCAGCAGUGCACUGUCGGGGAUAUUGUGCUUCUCAGAGCCCUGCCUGUGGCACGCUCCAAGCAUGUGAAACAUGAACUGGCAGAGAUUAUUUUCAAGGUCGGCAAAGUCAUAGAUCCAGUGACUGGUAAACCUUGUGCAGGGACUGCCUACCUGGAGAGUCCAAUCGAUGUGGAGACCACCCACCUAGCCCAGCACCUGGACCUGGAGGAGCCCACCCUCUCUGGGGCACAGUGA